AUGAAGUCCUUCGCUGUCGCUGCUGCCUUUGCCGGUGCUGUCGUCGCCCUCCCCCAGGGUGUCACCCAGGCCAUCGCCCCCAAGGAGCCCACUCCUCAGGGCUGCCAGACCAGCUUCGACGGUCCUUUCAGCAUCUCCAUUGCUAACGUCACCACCCCCUCCAAACGCAGCCUCGAGGCUCGUCAGGACAAGGUCUUGACUAUCACUCUGGCCAACGGUGUCCUGACUGAUGACGAGGGCCGCACUGGUUACAUUGCUGCCAACAACCAGUUCCAGUUCGACAAGCCCGCCCAGACCGGUGCCAUCUACACCUCUGGUUUCUCCGUCUGCAGCAACGGCACUCUUGCCAUCGGCAGCUCUGCCAUCUUCUACCAGUGCUUGAGCGGUGACUUCUACAACCUUUACGACGAGUCCACUGGCAACCAGUGCUCUCCCAUCUACAUCAACGUCCUCAAGGCUGGUGGUGUUGCUUCCGCCGGCGCCGCUACCCAGAUUGGCGACGGUCAACUCCAGGCCGCCACCUCCACCAAGGCUGUCACUCAGAUCUCUGAUGGUCAGAUCCAGGCCUCUACUGGUGCCCCUGUCACUCAGAUCUCCGACGGUCAAAUCCAGGCCUCCACUGGUGGUGUCCCCGUCACUCAGAUCUCUGAUGGCCAGAUCCAGGCUCCCACCUCGACUGCCAAGCCCGUCACUCAGAUCUCCGACGGUCAGAUCCAGGCUCCCACUGCUAAGCCUGUCACUCAGAUCUCUGACGGCCAGAUCCAAGCCCCUACCUCCGUCGGCAAGCCCGUCACUCAGAUCUCCGACGGUCAGAUCCAGGCCCCUACUGGUGGUGCCACUCGCCCUGCUAACGGCACUGUCGUUGCCCCCACCAGCCCUCUUGCCUACACUGGUGCUGCUGCCCUCCCUACCUUCGCCGCUGAGAUGCUCAUCGCCGCUGGUGCCAUGGCCGUCGCUCUCCUGUAA